AUGGCGCAGCUCUUCCUGCCCGCCCUGCGCAUCACUCCGGCCUCUCCCGGUGAAGCUCCCCCGUCCAGGCGCUCUACUGCUCCAAAGAAGGGCCCGAGGCCCCCCAGAUACGGCGCCGUCGAGCCUCUGUCGAGGGCCAUAAGGGGCGCCGGCAGCUUCGCCCUGUACCUGAGAGAUGGCCUCACAGGGCCCGAACGGGAUCGGCGGAGGCUGCUGGACGAGCGGAAACACGUCUUGACCGCCAGGCUGCAGAACGCCGAGACCUGGCAGCAGUGGGACAAGGCCGCCCACGAGCUCGACGCCCUCGAGGGCAACGAGGAGUGGAAGAAGGACGAGUCGACCGGCGAUUACAACCCCGAACUCAUACAGGAGCGCCUCGACGCUCUCGACAAGGCGCGGGCCGACGGCGACCUGCGCGCCAUGACCCAUCUGGUGCGCACCGCCUUGACCCGGGACUUGGGCGGCAUGGGCAACAUCGACCUGUACCGCCAUUCCUACUGCGGCACCAAGAAGCUCAUCGAGCGAUACGUCGACUCGGCGCUCCAGACCAUCGCGGCCUUGGUCGACCAGAGUGCCCACAGCCGCGUGCCCGGCGGUCUGGAGCCCAAGGAUCUCCUCGACGCCGCCCUCUUCGCCCGCCAGAGCUUCGGCCGCAGCGCCCUGUUGCUGAGUGGCGGCGGCACCUUUGGCAUGUCGCACAUCGGCGUGCUCAAGGCCAUGUUCGAGGUCAAGCUGCUGCCCCGUAUCAUCUCGGGCGCCUCGGCCGGCUCCAUCGUCUGCGCCGUCAUCUGUACCAGGACCGACGACGAGAUCCCCCAGCUGAUUGAGGAGUUUCCCUAUGGGGACCUGGCCGUCUUUGAGGAGGACGGCAACGAGGACGGCAUCGUGGACCACCUGCGCAGGCUCCUCACCGAGGGCAACUGGUCCGACAUCAAGCACCUCACCCGCGUCAUGCGCCAGCUUCUCGGCGACAUGACGUUCCAGGAGGCUUACAACCGCACCAGGCGGAUUUGCAACAUCUGCGUCUCGUCGGCUUCCAUAUACGAGCUCCCCCGGCUUCUCAACUACGUCACGGCGCCCAACGUCAUGAUUUGGUCGGCCGUAGCCGCCUCGUGCUCGGUGCCCCUGGUCUUCAGCGCCGCGCCGCUGCUGGUCAAGCAUCCGGUGACCGGCGAGCACAUCCCGUGGAAUCCGACGCCCCAGAUGUGGAUCGAUGGCUCCGUCGACAAUGACCUGCCCAUGACCAGACUCGCCGAGAUGUUCAACGUCAACCAUUUCAUCGUGUCCCAGGUGAACCCACACGUCGUUCCGUUCCUCUCCAAGGAGGACGCGCCCUCUCCCGCCUCGGCCUCGCGGAAACAGUCCCCGCGGGGCCAAUCCGACUGGAUGUACAGCAUCACACAGCUUGCCAAGGGCGAGGCUCUCCAUCGGAUGCAGGUGCUGGCCGAGAUUGGCAUCUUUCCAAAUUUGGUGACCAAGCUGCGCUCGAUCCUGAGCCAGAAGUACUCGGGGGACAUCAACAUCCUCCCCGCCAUAGGCGUUCUGGAUCUUCCCAAGGUGCUCAGAAACCCUACGACCGACUUCAUGUUCCGGUCUUGUCUGCUUGGAGAGCGUGCGACCUGGCCCAAGCUGUCACGGAUACGCGACCGCUGUGCCAUCGAGUUGGCCCUGGAUCGAGCCGUGCACGCCUUGAGAGCCCGUGUGGUAUUUAGCAAGAGCCAGGUCGACCUCAGGCGGAUGGUCACGGGUACCACGGUGAACACCUCGAGGGGCAGCCACGAGCCGCUGAAUACGAUGGCCACUGCUACCGAGAGCCUCUCGGCCAAGGACAAGCUCAAGCGCCGUCACAGGCGAUCGAGUGGAAGUAAUCUGCAGCCACUCCUAGCGCACCGGAAGCAUCUAGAUGAACCCUUCAAGGUGACGGACGAUGAUACUGACGAGGAGGAGCGCCUUGAGAUGACACACAGAAGAUGGCCGGCGAAGCCCAAGCUGAAGAUCAAACGUUUCCCGCACCCUCUUCCAUUGCAGAACGGACCGAAGACAACCCCCCACCUAUCCUCGGUCAACCAGCCUGAUUCAUUCAAUUUUGCGAAGCCUCCGCAUCCCAAGAGCCCGCUGCUUGGCCAGCCAUCCGACAGGGCAUCUAUGCCGGCCGUAAUCCCGACAGCUCCCGAUACGGUAGAUGUCGACGACAGUCCUGGCUUUCCAACGGCGGAUGAGGCCUCCAUGACUUCGCCCGCACAAGCGGCGACGGCACUGCAUGAGCUGGAGACCAGCGAUCCUUAUUCAUCUGAUGCUGACGUGGAAAGCCACUCGGAUGGCUGUGCUGCCGACGUGCCCCACGUGUCCCCGAGCUUGGGGCUCCCCGUGGCUGAGGACGAGCAGGUGCAUCAUGUCGAAAAAUCAAGGCAGCAUACGUGCCCAAAGGAAGACAUGUUUUCCUUGGCGCGGAGGGAACGGGACUCGAGACCUAGCAUCUCAAAUUCGGUUGAUCCAGGUGCGGGUUUGUGGGAUUGA